GUUGAAUGAUGAUGAUGAUGGAUUCCAGUGAUCUGAUUGGUCAGUAGUGGGGCUGUUGACAGGCUUUGAUCUCUUAACUGGAACAUAACCUGCUCCAGAGCAGGUUGGCCGUCCAGCGUAAGUUGCCACGGUGAUUUAUCCUGGUAAGAAGAGAACCGGCUUCGCACGACGAAAACCCCCGGAGUUAAAGCUGAAGUUACCUCGAUAGCCGCUAAUCCCGCUCCGCAGUGCAGGCCCCGCAAGAAACGACAACACUCGGCCCGCGAAGUGAUUCGCGAGCAGGCGCGAGGAAGACGGGGACAUUUUUGGACGACGUCUUACUUUUCGCGGGCCUGGGGGACGGACGCAGUUGAACCAGCGACACGUCGCCAAUAUGUCGUGGGGAGAAAUGCGUCGUUCUGUGGCAUCGCCUCCGCCCUGUUCGACUGCCCUCUGAUCCUUUUUGGGGUAAAUACAACCGGCAGAGGGAACUUCGCACGCAGCUGUCAACGCAGCUAACGCUGCUGAACGGCUAGCUCCGCGAAUCCGCCAGCGGCUGCGGUUGUGCCCUAGCUUUGCUAGGCAUCCCGGGCCAUGGCGGACAGUUUUGUGGAGGAAUCCAGCGGCGGCGCCCUGGGCUCGGGCGCUGCCGGGCAGGGCGGAGCCUCGCCGCUGCCCACCCUGGCCGACUCUCUCCCAGCGGCGAACUCGGUGGCCCCCGGCGUUCACCCCGGCUCCAGCCCGGCCUCCCCUCCGUCCGCUGCGGCCGCGCCGAGUGGCCUCACCGCUGUGACGGCCCCUACGCCCGCCGCCGCCGCCCCCCCUGCCGGGUUUGACAACACAUUCCCCCCGGGCACCUCACCUCCGUUCGUGGCCGUGUCUCCAACUGUACACGCCUCGUCCCCUCUCCCCGGCAGCGGGCUCGGGGUCAGCGGGGUGGCAGGAGCGGGCCUCCUGUCCCAAAUCCACACCACGCCCUGGGACCCGAGCCUCAGUACGGACUGGGACAGAGAGAGGGCUUCCCAACAGUGCAUCCUGAGGAUAAAGAGGGAUAUCAUGUCCAUCUACAAGGAACCUCCACCGGGGAUGUUUGUUGUCCCCGAUCCUCAAGACAUGACUAAGAUCCACGCCCUGAUCACAGGGCCAUUUGACACGCCAUACGAGGGUGGCUUCUUUCUCUUCCUGUUCCGCUGUCCCCCUGACUACCCUAUCCACCCGCCUCGGGUCAAGCUCAUCACCACGGGACACAACACAGUCCGCUUCAACCCCAACUUCUACCGCAACGGCAAAGUCUGCCUCAGCAUCCUGGGGACUUGGACCGGCCCAGCAUGGAGUCCUGCCCAGAGUAUCUCAUCUGUCUUCAUCUCUAUCCAGUCGCUGAUGACAGAGAACCCCUAUCACAAUGAACCAGGCUUUGAACAGGAGCACCACCCAGGAGACAGUAAGAACUACAACGAGUGUAUUCGUCAUGAAACCAUGAGGGUGGCAGUGUGUGACAUGCUGGAAGGCAAAGUCUCCUGUCCUGAAGCUCUGGGGAGUGUGAUGGAAAAGUCCUUCCUAGAAUACUAUGAUUUCUAUGAGGGAGUCUGCAAAGAGAGACUGCAUCUACAGGGACAGAACAUGCAGGACCCAUUUGGCGAGAAGCGUGGUCGUUUCGACUAUCAGGGCCUGCUGGCUCGCCUCAGUGCCACCCACAAGCGAAUACGGGAAAAAAGCCUGGCAGUGGAUGACCACAACGAUGAUAAUUCGGACUCAGACACCAGCUCCUCAGGGACAGACCCAGACAGCCAGGGAAGCUCCCAGCCCUGACCCCACAGCCAAUGUGAGCGGCCAUUCUUAUGAACAAGAGCAGUAUGUAGGGGCAUCUGAAGCUGCCAGAUGAUCUCGAGGUUGGCAACCGAUCUAGGCUCAUGGCUCGGCUUAAUGGCUCCACUUUCCUUCCCACCCUUUCUGGUCUGAGGUGAUGCAUUGUCACUGAAGGGGGAAUUAAGGUGUGGGGGAGAGCUUCCCUCCAUUCCCUCCCUUCCAUCUACUUUAACUCUCUCACUGCCUCAUGUCCCUGAUAAGGCUCUUGUCCAUCCUGGUGAUGCUCAUGCAGUCCCACUACCACAGUACCUGCAGCCUCUAGUCCAGCUAUAGACCAUCAUGUCACCUCUUUGUGUCCUCUACCUGUGACUGUAGAUCAGGCUGCUCAUUCGUCCUUGACAAAGCGCCAUAGGAUGCUGCGAGGCCAUCAACCGACGCAGACCCUCCAACCUCAACCGCCACACUCAUCGUAGAUGGAGUGUCUGUGCUCAGUCCAUGUACUUUCUCGUCCCCUUACACCCCCACCACCACAUCAAUUAUUGGUUUCCCUGAUGCCACAGUCCCUGCUAUUUUGGACAAACUUACUUACUCCUAACCACCAUUACGACAAUAGUGUUGCAUGUUGGGGCGAACAACACAUCUCGCCUGGAGUGUGAGCACGUAAAAAAAAAAAUAAGAUUUUGAACUUCUUUUUAAGGUUUUACAUUUUUGCGAAAAAUCUGUUAGUCUCUGGAACUAUACUUACCCUUGGUCACAGAGUUGAGCGCGUUUUCUGAGUUAUCAGCUGACAAACCUGCCUCCAGCCCACAACCCACGACAUGGUCCAGUCCUCUCAACUUGCAUGACUGUUUGCCAGCACGUGUCCCUGGUCAUGUCACUCUCUCUUCACUGGUCAAGUCACUCGCUCUUCACUGGACAUCAAUUCUUGUUCUACACAGCUAUCCAAAAUCUUUGCACCUCUAGCUCCCCCUGCUUGUAUGUUAGUCCACAUACACCCUCUGCUACACCUGUUCCCAUGUAUAACUGCCUCCUCCUGACUGUCAGAAGUGAUUACGGUAGACCAAAAAAACAAUAUUCCAUUUAUUCGCUGAAAAGUAAAUAACUAGUUCUAUGCUCCCCUAAACUCUCCUUUCUGCUCUCCCAGGGGGCUACUGUCAUCUACCGAGAUAUUUAAAAAAAACUUUGUAUCCUGUGGGGAAUUCUCCUUUGAAGCCUAAUAUUUGGUGUAGGUCUUACCUAUCUAAUAGAUGUUUUGCUGUGUCAAUGGGUGACUUAAAUUCAUCCCCUGCAAACCUGUUCUGUGGUGUCCCUCAGGAUUCAAUUCUAGGUCCCCUGAUUGAUUCUAGGUCCCCAGUAUUACUAUUAUAAUGCAAUUAUAUUAUAAUGACACAAAACGUGAUGACCAGUCUUACAUAGCAACCCUCCAGAACGGUUGUGCUGAAAUAUACUGGAUUACUGCAAUUAAAUGAUGCAAAAUCUGAAGACCAAAGCUAGGUGAACUAGCAAAUUAUGGCCCUCAGCCAAAACUUUUUUACCAAGUCUUAUGUUUUCAACACAGGUAUAACAGGCCAAAAUAUGCCCCCUCCCCGGAAUAUACCUGCGGUUAAAGUGGGCUAGCCCGUUUUAUACCCAAGGGUAUAAACUGGACUAGCCCAAAAUAUACUCUUCUAUAUAUAUAUAUAUAUAUAUAUAUAUAUAUAUAUAUAUAUAUACACUAUACUAUACUAAUAUACUAUACUAUCAGGCUAGGCUAUUUCAUACCCCCCCAGGCCAGAUUAUACUCCACACACCCAGAAACCAACCCUAUGAGAGUUCUGUUUUGAACUCAGUGGGCUGGCUUAACCAUCUUAAUUUAAAUUAACACCGUAACCCUAACCCCAGCCCUCAAAUCUGAUGACUUUGUGAUUGCCAUUUCUUAAUGUUUCUCCAAUAUAGAGAUUUGUAAUUCAAUUUCAUCUAUUAUUCAUCUAUAUUACUUAAUACUAAAUCCACUAUAUUAUUUUGCUAAAUUCCCUUAUUAAUGAAAAAUACAAAGAGGCAUAAUCUUGAUACUUGAGAUAUGGUCUGGUUUAGCCCAAAAUUAAAAAAAAUUAUGUUGAAUAACAAACUGGACAAUGAAAUACAGAUUUGUUCAUGAAAAACACAAGGGGGUAUAAUCUGGACUAGAGAGGUAUAUUCCGGCCAAAUCCAAUUUAUAUAAAAUGGAAUAGCCGGGCUAUGAAACAGGCUAGCCCACUUUUACCCCGGGUAUAGUUUGGUGGGGAGUUCAUUUGGGCUGCUACGACAACAAAAUUUGUUCAGUCAUGUUUUUAUCAUUUGACAAACAGCCAUGGUUGGUUAUUAUAUUUUAGUGUCAGAUGUGGAGCAAGUCACCCAUUCUUUUAUUUCCUCUCUUCUCAACUACUGCAACUAUAUUUACCUGUCUUAGUCAGAAAUCAAUCCACUGCCUAUCAUUAGUUUAAACUGCUCCAAACUCAGUCAGAAUAUGUUCACAUUGGCUGCCAGUUUUUUUGUAUUACUUUUAAGGCCAGGUCUGGGCUGGCCCCUACCUAAAGUUCUGAACUUCUAACCCCCUAGACCCAGGACAUAGUCUGAGAACCUCUUUUAGUUUGUUCCUGGCCUUUCCAAGGUUGAAAGCCAAAGGAGACCGGGCCAUUUGCUAUCAGGGCCUUCUAGUCACUGGAACAACCUGCCAGAGGAGGUCAGACUUAUAGUUUCCCAUUUUAUUUCCAGGAGUUCACUUUUGCUUUGAAGUGGAGGCAGGUCUGGACAAGAUGACGGGACCUUGGCCUGAGUGGGCUGGAACAGUGACGGGCGUUUUUUCAGUGGUAGCUGGAGAAAGGGAACUUAACCCAAGGCUUUGUGAUUCGUGUGCCUUGUCUCCUCUGGCCAGGGUGAAACCACACCGCACAUCUUUCAGACUGGACUUGAGCUGCCUCCACGAGCAGGCCGCAUAAAAACAUCAGAAGCUCUCUAUUCUGAUUACAAUGAUUCGUGUAUUAUUAAAAAAGUUGCCUUAGAUUUCAGUAGACAGUCUGCUUAGCAGAUAAGCUUUAAGAGAAAUGCAAUUUUCAUUGACAACUACCUUCAUGAUCAUGCUUAAACUAGUGCUAAUUUGCAGUGUCUAGGCCACAGUGUGUUUGUAACCCCACUGUUCUUUGGGUCGCUGGCUCUCGAGAUACAAACCAAACCCCCAUGUGCUUUAGCAGGGUCCUCCUGGUCUUUGGGAAACUAAUGAAGGCGAGACGAAGAGACCUUUCUGUUAAUUUACACUGCAAGUAACUCGCUCUGCUCUGUCUGUCUGAGGCGUUCGGUUGCCUCUAUACUGAGGUACACAGAAAUUAUCAUUUAACACUCAAAGAUGUCAAGUAGUCGUUUAUUUUUGUUGAAAACAAACAUAAAACCUCAACAGCAGUGAUUUCACAAGCAUCACCACUAGAUGUUGUGGUCGAUCCACAUCAGGUUCAGUGUUACAGAAUCACAAAUAGGGGAAACAAUGCAAUGAGCCUCUGAUUAUUAAACUGUCAGCUUAAAUGUUAAUUUGUUAUGGUUUCUUCACUCUGACAGUAAACUAAAUAUCUUAUGUGGACAAACAUAACACCUUGGGGUUUGGGGAAACACUAUCGAUAUUUUUUUCCAUUUUAUGGAACAAACAACUAAUCAAUCAAUCGAGAAAAUUAUUUACAGAUUAACCGAGAAUGAAAAUAACCGCUACUUGCAGCCCUAGCGUAAAGGUAUUUUCCAAAAUGCUUGUCAGUGAUUCCUUCUACGGCCAAACUCACCAGUUAUCGUCAGCCUUUCUCUGACCCUUUUCAAGAAGCUUUUCAACAUGAGACAAGUGGGUCAGACAAAGGACCACCUUUCAUUGCCCCACUAUUGUGGUUUCCACAUGCCUCUGCUGUCAAACACUAAGCCUCCUGGCAGAGGUUUGCUUCAGAUUCAAUUCAUAGUACUAAUAUGGGGCAUUUCCUUUUUCUUAUGUUGUAGUAUGUUUAUAUGAGAAACAAAUCCAAGCAGAAUUGUUUGAUUGCAACAGACUUUCUGACGUGAAGAGAUCAUAUUCCUGUUUGGUUGUGUUGUGUUGUGCUCGUGGCAAAGUUCUUCUGGAGCUCUGGAGCAGCUGGAAUACUUCCUGUGAUCAUUUCCAGUUCUUGAAGGUUGGUUAUUGUACAGAAGCUCUGGAAAAAGUACAAAAUAAAAUGUUGUUCAGUG